AUGGCGAAUCAGCCCGUUGUAUCGCCUGCUUCACAGGAUAGCCGCGACUCAGAGGACGUCAGUCAAAACGACGAACUCCUUGCGCCAUAUUCCGAUAUGGAAGACCGCCCUCCAAAUCACAGCCAAGAAGUUCCUCAAUGUGACGAUGGAACAAAAGCCUAUGCCAUCACAGAUGCUAAGUUUAUCUUGGUCGUUGCCGCCUUGACCCUGACCUCUUUUCUGGUCAUGCUGGACAUGUCUAUCCUUCCAACUGCUAUCCCCGAAAUCACGACCGAGUUCCAUUCCCUGAGAGACAUUGGUUGGUUCGGUAGCGCUUACCUGUUGGCAAGUUCCACGAUGCAACCAUUGACGGGUAAGCUGUACCUGGGCUUUGGUCUGAAGCACCCAUUCCUCGCUUUCCUCGGAGUUUUCGAGUUGGGUUCGCUAUUGUGCGGCGUGGCACCGAACUCGAGACUUUUCAUUCUCGCACGAGCCAUAGCAGGCCUCGGGGCUUCGGGUUUACUGAACGGGGCACUCAACAUCAUCGCUGCUAUUACUCCGAUGCAUAAACGUCCAGCACUCAUUGGGUUUAUGAUGCUGAUUGGCCAACUCGGAAUGAUUGGCGGUCCAUUGAUCGGUGGCUUUCUCACGCAAUACGCGGGAUGGCGAUGGUGCUUUUACAUCAACCUGCCAAUCGGGGCCAUCUCGGCCGUGAUCCUAUCCAGCAUUACCAUUCCGGACGGCUUCGUCCGUACCGCAGCAAAGAACACAACCGCAUUGUCGGUUUUCUUAAGCCUUGACCCAAUUGGCUUCGUCCUGUUCUCCGCCUUGACAGUCACGCUUUUCAUGGCCCUGCAGUGGGGCGGGAGCGUGUAUGCGUGGUCGAACCCCGUCAUCACGGGAAUGCUAUGCGCCUCCGGCGGUCUAUUUGCCGUGUUUUCUGCGUGGGAGAAGUUCGUGGGCGAGAAUGCCAUGUUCCCUUAUUCGGUGCUACGAAAGCGCGUCGUUUGGGCUUCUUGUUUGACCAUGUUUCUCAUGCAGGGUUGCGCGCUCAUCUACUUGUACUACCUGCCAAUCUACUUCCAAGCGGUGCGAGGUUCGUCUCCGCUCUCAAGCGGCGUGUACAACUCUCCAGGUAUUGGAAGCCAGAUGCUCUUGGCCGCGAUAUCCGGUGUCUUAGUCGGGAAGAUGGGAUACUAUCUUCCGUGGGUCAUCGCGAGCGGCAUUCUCGGACUCGUCGGGUCGGGCUUGAUAUCGGCUCUUAGGCCCGACACCAGCCCGGCCGUCUGGAUCGGCUACCAGAUCAUUGCUGGUGUUGGGCGAGGGUGUGGUUCCAUCAUGCCAAUGGUGGCAACCCAGAGUGCCCUCUCGCCCGAACAAACGCCACUGGGCAUGUCACUGGUGGCAUUCUGUCAAUCGUUUGGGGGUUCCGUGUUCCUCACAUUCGCUCAGGUCAUUUUCAGCUACAGUCUUGUAGACGGGUUGAAGACAUUCGCACCCACGGUCGAUAUACAGACGGUAAUCGAUGCCGGUGCUGCUGGCCUACGAGACGUGGUUCGGCCCGAGGAGCUGGCCGGCGUUAUAGAGGCUUACAAUUUGAGCUUCACGCGAGAGUUCCAUCUCGCCGCAGCUGCCUACACUGCCAUGAUUUUCUCAGGCUGGGGAAUGGGGUGGUAUAGCGUUAAAAAAUAG